CCUUUCCGUCCAUUCAUACAAUGUCUUUGAAAGCCGUUCGUCAUGCGAAGCAGAGGCUAGCGCCUGACCCUCGUAAUUUGCAUUGGGCAAACGAUACCAAUAAGUUUGGAUAUAAGAUGAUGGAGAAGAUGGGCUGGUCACAAGGAAAGGGACUUGGAGCCAAGGAGGAUGGUGUUCAGGAACAUGUGAAGGUUCGCCUGAAGGAAAAUAAUCUUGGAGUAGGCGCAACAAAGAAGACGAGCGACAACUGGCUAGGUAACACAGAUGCUUUCAGCAGGUUGCUCGCCGAUUUAAACGAGCGAGUCGAGAAAGAGACGCAGGAAAAUGAAAGCAAAAACAAUAGUUAUAAUAGCAGUGAUAGCGAGACAGAAUCUGAAAAAUCGGACAGUGAGAAAGAAAAGAAGUCAAAAAAGAAAUCUAGAAAAGAGAGCAAGGAGAAGAAGAAAAACAAGAAGGAAAAAAAAGACAAGAAAGAAAGGAAGUCGAGCCAGGAGGAGAGUGUCGAUAAGAAUAGUGCUAUGGCAGCGAUCACUGGUCGCAAGGCGUCAAGGCACAAAUAUCUCAAGAACAAGCUUGCUGCUAUGCAGAAUAAUGAACGUCUUAACGAAAUCUUGGGCAUCAAAUCCGAAACUGUCUCGCCUGCAACUUCAGGGACAUCGACUCCUAUUGUUGAAACGGCUAUGACUUCUUCUGACAUUUUUGCCGCACAAUUGCAGCAAAGCAAUGCCUCCACUAGCGAUGAUAACAAUGACGAACCAGUCAGACCUGCUUUUGGCGGUCUUGGGUUCUCCACUUCUCAGGGUAUAGGGGCUUCAGGAUUUAAUAAUAGAGGGCUACGUGGCCUCGGAUUUGUCAAGGCUACUGUCUCUGUGACGCCUGCCACAGUGGAAACCAAUAUAGAAGAACAGAUAAUUGUUGCAACACCGGCAUCUACUUCAGAAACAAGCAAGGAAGACAAGAAGGCCAAAAAAGAGAAGAAGGAGAAGAAGGAUAGUAAAAAAGACAAAAAGGAAAAAAAGUCAAUAGAUGAAAAUUCAUCAAGCAAAAAGGGUAAAAAGCGCAAGGCAGAAGAUUUUGAGAAUUCUAGUAGCAAAAAAACCAGGAAAUAAAACCCAUGGGU